AUGGCGCUACUCACCAACAUUAUACUGGCCUUUCAGGGUCUCGGAAUUAAUAUUCGACUACUCAGCCUCGCCACCGUUGACCGGUAGAGGGGCUGAGGUAACCGCCCGCCUUUAUGUAUCAUUAAUCAAAUUAAUAUACCUGGUACUUGAAUUAUGUUAAAGAGAUAAUCAAAUUGUAGAAUUGUAAUACGUACGUCCUCUUCGCUUUUUCAGUACUUACAGUAACGCGCGUGUGAGAGCGACAAGUACAACACAACAUAUGAGCGGACAAUACUCGCAACAAUAUUGUACAAUGGAUCUGAUUGGAAUUGCUUUUUCCAGAGACUCUGGAAAUAGAACUGUAGGUACAUUGACAUUAGUGAACUUGUAUAUUCGUCAUUCUCGCGAGUAUUUGCCAGAAGUAUUUCGCUUUUUUUUUUUUUUUUUUGUUUCUUAACAAUUUCUUUCGUGUAAUAAAUUCUUUUCUACGUGUAUAUAUUUUUGAUAUAAAUUUUCAAAUACUACGUUUUAUUUAUUGCUUUUUUUUCGUAUUUUAGACAGUUACUUUCUUAAUUAAUACCGUGAUAAUACCUGAGCAAGGUAAAAUACAAGGGUGCUUGCUAACUGCCAUAAGAGAAGGCUCCCCUAUGCACCGAAUAUGCUAAGUUUUGCAAGUCUUUUGAUUUCCCCCAACACGCCACGAUCAACUUUGUCAACGGUAAAAAAACUUUCCAAACGCGAAAUAAAAUAUACGUGCUUCUUUUCUUUUUAGUUCUUGAACAAAUUAAACUUGGAACAUAUUUGAAAAAGUAAUAAAAUAGUAUACUAAACGGUGACUCAACAACUUUUCUGCUAGGCGCUUUUGCAAAAUACGCAAUUAUUUUUUAUUUUUUUAUUUUUUUUUACAUGUUAAUCUUUAUUCUUUUUACAGAAAAAUGUGCUAAUAUACCAGUUAUUGCUAAAUUACUACUUCGUGUGUUGAGUAAGAAAUACAUUGCAAUUCAUUCAAAUGAUAUUGUAAAAAUUACUUGUUAAUCAAUAUGAAUGUUUAACAUAAAAAAAAAUUCAUAAUGUCGCCUUACUGCAAGUAGUUGGGCGGAUGUAAAAUCGAGAAAAGGAAAACAAACGUUUGAAUUUUCAAUCUUACUUUUUUUCUUUUUAACAAACACCCUUUAGACCAAUUCGCACAAGAUGACAAAGAAAUGCGCGAAGCAGUACCAAUAUGAUCAGUAUUAUGCUUGUCGUAUGGAAAAUCACGUUCUCACUGUAAUUGCAGACGUCAUUCGUUCGCGAUUUCCUGCAUAUACAUUCCACGAUUAUAUGGGGCCAUUAGAAUAAACGUAGUUUUAAUUUCCAUGUUCCAGAAAGAAGAAAGAAAUGAGAUGAAUGUGAAAAAUUUACUUCAAAUAAACACUGAUUUCUCAUUUCCAAUUAAUAUUUUUGAAUUGUAACUUUUUUGUACUAUAUAUAUAUUUUCUAUAUAAAAAUUUCUAUUUGUAAUUAAAAGUAUUGCAGCAGAGCAUGA